AUGGCGCGUGACUUCAGCAGCUACCUCAUAAUUCUCAUCGCCAUAAUAUUUCUCAUAUUGCUAUGGAAAGCCGUAACUUUGUUAUUCAGCGAAUCACAAAUUCCAGGCCCUAGGGGAAAUUGGUUACUUGGACAACUAUUUGAACUCAGGGAAAGUAAGGAUGUGAUGCAAACUUUCGUCGAAUGGGGAAAAAUCUACGGACCGAUUGUUCAAUUUCGACCUCUGGGAAUAUUUGGUAAGCAUGAGAUUUUAUUCAGAUGAUAUAUUAUAUAUAACAUUAUAAGCAUGACGCGUUUCGAGUCCGAGUAUAAAUGACUCAGCGAAAUAUAUGCCGGAAAAAUUUCACACCAUUAUAAACUGUGAUUAGUCAUUAGACAUUACACGAAAUGAAAUCGUGCAUGCGGCCAUGCGCAGCAAUGUCUGAUAAAUUAAGCUUCGCCAGAAAAAUUUCCGCUUCGCCAGUCGGCUGUCGCAGAUAAUUAGAUAUCUCAUAUCUAUGGUAAAAGUCAGUUCACCAAGUCAGUUCUAUACUCACUGUGAAAGCGAACGAAGUGGGCAAAUUCAAUAGAAUCGUUCAUGAGUCACUGAAGUGAAGCUGUCACGACAUUGGUCACGACAUUCAUCACGACAUUCAUCACGACAUUCAUCACAACAUUCGCACCGACAUUUUUCACCAGAUUAAAAGAGAUUAACUAAACAGAUAACGACCACAUGUGGUGAGCUCGCUAUUUCCGCUCGCUAUUUUUUUUAUAGAGAGUGCAGCCAUCCAUAUUUCGCAGACACAAUUUCUCGCGAAGAAUUUCGCCGUCGUGGAAUCAGGCCUUUUGAAUCGUAAUCGCUGUAGUCUGUAUACGGUUAUGAAUAUUCUACAAAUUAUAUACUAGAAUUAUAUACUUAGAAUUUAAUAUAUACUAGUGCUUUACUGCUGCCUUUUACCACAUGAAUGCAAAAUUAAUUUAACUUGUAUCACAAAAUAAAUAAUAAGACCAGAAGUCUCACUCGAUGUCGGAAUCUUUGAUGUUGAUGUCCCCGCGCAUGUCGCCUCGCGCAUCUUGGCCGCUUCUCGUUUCCAGUGCCCUAAACACAGUGUGACCAUAUUCAAAACUUGAAUAACUUAGUUCUUGCACUUCACUUGGUAGAAUGUUAGGGUUUGUAAUCCAAGUGAGAAUAUAUACAUUUUAAGACCUAACCAGGAACGACUGCGAAAAAUGCAGCACAAGGUCCUCUGGUGGGAAUCGAACCUACGGCCCUGCGAUUCCGGAGCAGCGCUCUAACCAACUGAGCUACAGAGGGCCGUAGGUUCGAUUCCUACCGGAGGACCUUGUGCUGCAUUUUUCGCAGUCGUUCCUGGUUAGGUCUUAAAAUGUAUAUAUUCUCACUUUGAUUACAAACCCUAACAUCCUAAUAUUAUGACCAUAUUCAGUAUAUUUUUUUUACUUUUGGUAACAUUUCGACAAUUUUGAUAGAAAUUUGGUAAAAAAGAUUUUUUAGUAAAAUUUUGGUAAAAUUUCUUAAAAUUCAAGGAUUUGGUAACUUUUUUGGUAAAAUUCUAUAUUAAAACGUUUGAUGAUGACCAGAAAACCCUGCAAAGUGCGAAGUACAUGCCUUCCUGAUGCUGUGGCGAUAUAUGGCUCACUUCUGAAUCGGAGCCUGUGUUCUGUUUGCUCAUUGCAUGCUUCAGUUUACGUCAUUUAUCACCUCUUUUGAACGAAUAACAUGAAGUAGCGCACGCAGGUGAAAAUUGGGCAUUUGACGAAUUUCAUUUCAUAGUAUUUUGUCUGAAUCAGACUCCGAAACUGAUUCGGACAAAAUACUAUCCAUUAACCCCCCCCCCCCCUGGAGUGGGAUGGGUAAAAUCCAAAUCUGGUAAAAUUUUGGCCUAUUUAGUAAAAUUUUAGCAAAGGUUUAGUAAAAUCCUCUGAGAAACAUCUGGUCCACUGAUCUGAAUAAUACUAGUAUUAUUCUAAUACUAAGUAUUAUUCAGAUCAGUGAUCUGGUCACACCCACUGAGCUAUAAUAUAUUUGUUUUCUACUUAUUUUUGAAAGGUUCGGUAUAAUAUACCAUUUAUAGACCUUUCACUCGGGGUAUUUCACAAAAAAUUACCCUGCGGGAUGAAAUGUUCCUCGGGCUUCGCCCUCGGAAUAUUUCAUCCCUCAGGGUAAUUUUUUGUGGAAUACCCCUCGUUUCAGGUCUAUAACUGAUAAUAGUUUCAUCCAGGUUUCAUCACGAUGAAAAUAUGUUGAUUUUCGAUAUCAUGCCUACUACUUCAUGUAAUUCAAACAUUGUAUUACAAGGACUGACCAUAGUAGCGUGGGCUCAUACUAGAACGAUUGACUUUGCUUACACAUACAAAUGUACGGGAAAUGUUUGAAUUACAUGAAGUAGAAGGCAUGAUAUUAUCGAAAACAUAAAAAUCAGCUAAUUUUGAUCCUUUUAUGACUAUGUCUGCGGAUUGUUGUGAUAUAAAUAUGGGAUAUUCGUUGAUGACAAGGUAUUUAUAAAACACAAUCGUACUUUUCUGCCCCCUGUGUUGUAUCACAGAAUAAGGCACACAGAAGGGCACACUAGCCGCCAUCUUCCUAGCCAGUCGAUUACAUUUUCUGGCCAAUAAACGCGCUGUAUUGGCUGGAGGCCCCGUCUUCUGGCCAGUCAAUUGCACAUUUUUGCAUAGAAAAAUGGUGACACGUUGCAUCGCUGAGUGGUCCUUCUGGUACUGAUCUUCAUUCUGUGCUUGUAUACCAAUGCCUUUCAACACACAAAAAAUAAAGGAAAUCUAUUUUCCGAAGUCAAAGUCAUCGGACCGCUCUUAGCGAGACUACCACUUAAUCUUUCUUUUUCCAAAAUUGUUGGGGGGGGGGGAGGUAAACAAAUUUUCUGGACAUACCAUUUUUCACUACAUACCAAAUUUUUUGGUAAUAUUUUCGUACAUUUAUCACAAUUCUUGCUAUAACUAUUACUCUUUCCUUGAAUAUUUUCAUAAAUAAAUAUUCAUAAAUAAAUAUAAAUAAAGGCAACAAAUUAAAUUAAUAGUGGAGUUUUAUGAGCAGAUGUCUGAUAACAUACCUUUUUAAUUAUAUACCUGAAUACAAUUUUCAUAUAAAUUACAGACAAAACAUACUACUUAAUUAGUGACGCUGAUGCCCUAAACCAAAUCCUGGUAUCCAAGUCAUUUAAGUACAACAGAACAGAAGGUGUUCAUUUAUUCCCACGGAAGAACAUUCUUCUCGCAAAUGGAAAAGAUCAUUCCAGAAUGAGGAAAAUGAUUAACCCCGCAUUUAAAGUGAAUAAUUUGAAGUCUAUGGUUGGUGUUUUUGAUGAAAAGGCUAAACUACUUGCAAAG